UUAAAUCUUAGAAUACCGGAAAGAGAGAGGCGUUUCUGAGCUUCCAGUGUAGAAGAUAACAGGGUAAUUAGAGAGAUGGGUGAAGUUGAUCCAGCUUUCAUCCAAGACAUCGAGCACCGGCCUAAGUUCAUCACCGGAUUGGAGGCCGGAGGGAUCCCACUCAUUGAUCUCUCCCUCUUAACCUCUCAUCAAUCUUUAGAGGGAUAUUCCAAAGACCUUCCACAGGCCAUCUCGGAUCUAGUUCAGGAGAUAGGAAGUGCAUGUAAGGACUGGGGGUUCUUCCAGGUAAUCAACCAUGGUGUGCCCUCCGAUGUUCGUAGGAGGGUUGAAACCGCGGCGAAGGAGUUUUAUGAGUUGCCUCUGGAAGAGAAGCGCAAGGUGAGGAGAGAUGAGAUCAAUCCAUUGGGUUAUUACGAUACAGAGCACACCAAGAAUGUGAGGGAUUGGAAGGAGGUCUUCGAUUUCACUGUCGAUGAUCCUACCGUGAUUCCACUUACCGAUGAGCCCGACGAUCCGACCAUCCGGGAGAUGAACAAUCAGUGGCCUGACUAUCCUUCUGAUUUGAGGAACAACUGUGAGGAAUAUUGUCGAGCAGUUGAGAGGCUAGCGUUUAAACUGCUGGAAGCCAUCUCACUGAGCUUAGGCUUGCCUGCAAAACGAUUUAACGAGUUCUUCAAAGACCAAACCAGCUUUGUCCGUCUCAAUCACUACCCUCCUUGCCCUUCACCUGAACUGGCUCUCGGCGUUGGCCGGCACAAGGAUGCCGGUGCGUUGACCGUCCUUUCACAGGACGAUGUAGGUGGUCUGGAAGUGAAGCGGAAGACCGAUGGUGAGUGGAUAAGGGUGAAGCCCAUCCCUGAUUCUUAUAUCAUCAACGUCGGCGAUAUUAUUCAGGUGUGGAGCAACGACAGGUAUGAGAGCGUGGAGCAUAGGGUAGUGGUGAACUCGAUGAGGGAGAGGUUUUCUAUCCCAUUCUUCUUCAACCCUUCACAUUAUGUGGUGGUGAAGCCUUUGGAGGAACUUGUCGAUAAGGAAGAAGAAACCCCCAAGUUUAAGGAAUACAGCUGGGGAAAGUUCUUCAGUGCCAGGAAGCUUAGCAAUUUCAAAAAGCUUGGUGUGGAAAACGUCCAGAUUGCUCACUUUAAGGUAUCUGAAUGACUUCGUGGUCCCACACCGCCCAACCAACCCACCCACCCCGAAUAAAAAAGAGUUCGUGGUCUACCAAACCAUUUGAUGUUAUUAAAUAAGACCAAAGAUUAUUGUGUAAUGUGAAUGUAUUAUACAGUAUAUAGUAUAUUAUGUGUGUAAUAUUAUAAUGGGGAUCGAUCUUACCAUAACAAUUAUAAUAGUAGCCAAUGAGAGUCCGGAAAUAUACAACAGGGGUGGGAUUUUUUUUCAUUUCAGAGGCUUAGUGGUCAUUUUGUCCUUCCUGUGUUUGGGGGAGGUUUGAAACAACCUAACAGUCUUCUUUUUCACAUUAUAAUAUUAUUUAUAUUCUUAGUUUACUCUUCA